AUGCGCACCUCACGCUCAUCAUCCAACGCCUCUUCAACAUCAACACCUUCAUCUCCAUCCUCAGACAACUUCCAGAUCUUUGUCAAGCUGCUAUCUGGAGACACCAUCCCUCUGACCGUCCCUUCAGACACCACGAUAUCAACCCUUCGCCAGCUACUCUCGUUGCGAACAUCCGCCCCAACAACAGACAUCCGCCUCGUCCACGCCGGCAAGCAUCUAACCUCCGCCGAUGCCUCAUCCGGCACAUCCACAACUCCAAUCUCUGACCUCCUACCCCCAUCCUCGACUCUCCACAUGGCCCUGCCCAUCCGCGGCGGCAUGCCAGCGAAGAAGAUAAAAUGCACGUUCAAAGAUUGCAAAGACGGAGCGCAGAGGAUAGUGGGUGAUUGCUCGUUCUGCCAAGGGCAUUUCUGCGGCAAGCAUAGGAUGUUGGAGGAUCACAAGUGCAGUGGGCUGGAAGACUGCAAGAAGGAGAGUCAUGAGCGGAACGCGGAUACUUUAAAUACCCAAAGGACGGUGGCUGUGAAGGGUCUCCGCUCAAUCGUCCAAUCUUCCGAUUUCAUCCCCUUCCAUCUGGAAGCGCUGUUGAUGGAAGCUGGGCAUUCAGGCAAGAGGUUCCGAGAAGCAUCGGCCUUUCCAAAGCCGGCCAUCAAAGCAAUAGGAGAGCACGAGCUGGAAGCCGGAUCCAUGUGA